AAUAUUGCUGAGUGCAUGGGAAGGAGGAGGGCGUUCCAGAGUCUGGAAAACGGAGGCGGGGCGGCGUGUGAAGAGAAAAAAAAGACACGAUAUUACAAACCACCCUGCCCCAAGCUUGCAACACCACCCCGAUCCUCUGACGGUGUGUACACAUCGAUGUGGACUCUGGUUGGGCUCGUCAGAACAAUGGCCUUGCAGAGGAUUUCGCUUCUCCUGCUGCUGAUGACCGUCGCUCUGUGCUGGGCAAAAGACCCGCUGAGCUGCCCUCCAAAGAGUGGAGAGAUGAUUGUGCAGGUCGGAGGGUCGGUGGUGAUGCCAUGCAUGUUUAACUGGUUGGGGUCGAUGCCCGAGUCCCGACGGGCGCUGUGGCAGAAGAAGUCCGAGCACGGCAGCUCGUUGGUGGUCCACGUGCGCGACAUGGGCACGGAGAAUGUGAACCAGGACAAAGAGUUCUCCGGGCGCACCUCCCUGCCGGCUGAUUGGUUCGAGAAGAAAGACCUGUCGCUCACCCUGACCCAGGUGUCGAUGAGUGAUGCCGGGGAUUACGAGUGCCACGUGGUCACCCAGAGGCCCCACGCUUCCAAUGUCUGCAUGGACUUCAAGCUGACUGUCACCUCAGAUGCAGCUGAAGCCACAACUAUACCCUGCAUUCUUCUGCUAAUGGGAUUGGCCUUUGUCCCUCUGUUCAGUUGAUGGGAUUCAAAAUGCACCAGAUCUUGUCAUGUAUAACCUAAAACAGGAACCUCCAAGCAAGAAAUCUUGUGCACCUGAAUUGAUCUUGGAAUGUUCUCGCAAGUUUACAGAGUAAAUUAUAUUUGCAUGUGAUUUCUAUCCUCUCCAUUAUGGUAGCCCGCCUGUGCCUACAUUAUUUUUAUCAUUUGCUGUGAUAUGGUCAACAUCGAGUUGGUUGAGAUGGAAACCAAGCAGCUUGAUGCAAACUGUCCACCUUAACCCGACAAAAAUGAUUGUUCAAGCAGUUCGGAGAGAGUUCAAAACUAUCAGUGGCCAGUCGUGACUUAAAAUAAAGCAAAUCUCUGUG